GCAGGCUGCAACCGUAGUACACGUUCACCGUAAGUCAUUUCCUUAAAAGCUCAAAAAUGUCGAGCUCUCAUUCAAAAGGGAAUGCUCGCGAGUCUUCGCGACAUGGCUCGUCAAAAAACAAGCCAAAGGUGGACCAGUCUCAAUAUAGUUAUAGUGCAAUGUCAAACCUUGUGACACAAGCAGACCGACGCUUCGUCACUCGACGCGAUGUUGAACCGACUGGUGAACCUGAAUCGUUGGCGAAUCGUAUAAACAUUUCUGAAAUGGGUGUUCGUGCUCGUGUGGAACGGGAAACGACAUUGGAGUCGGGAAUGUUGAAAGAAGUCCAAGAUCGAGACCUCUCAAAAAAAACGAAACAGUCCGCUGCUCCACAAGGACCUGCUGGUAUCUCUGUAAAUACAUCUCUUCUUAGUUCGACUGAUAACUUUGAAACACUCAAUUAUCGGCCUUUAACUGAUGACACCCGUGAAGCUUACGACUAUAUGCUUUCUUUUACACAUCAUUUUAUGGGAGAGGAGUCUCCAGAUGUUAUUCGGUCAGCAUUGGAUCUCAUCAUUGAGUAUCUAAAGGAUGAAAAACUCGAUGACGCUAAGCGAAAACGAAGUAUCGAGGAGGUGCUUGGAAGCUCCAUCGACGAUACUCAAUAUUCUCAAGUUGAGAACCUGGCUAAAAGACUCACAGACUAUGGAUUGGAAGAGGAUAAUGAAGAAGAGACGGUUCAAUUAAAUGAACAAGGAAUUCCCGUCGUAUUUAAUGAAAACGAAGAAGACGUUGAGGCGGCAUUGGACGAGGAGAGCGUUGGGGAAGAAGAUGAUAACGACGUCCUAGUCUCUAAAGAGCAAACAGAAGCCGAGAAAGGCGUUCCAACUCCAGUUGACAAUGAAGUAACGGUAAUUAAAGGCGACAAUCACGAGGAGCCUGUUGUUCCCAUACUUCAUCCCCGCGACGUCGACGCUUUUUGGCUUCAACGCGAGCUUUCCAAGGUCUAUCAAGAUGCUCAUGUUGGUCAAGAAAAAACGCAAAAAGCUUUUCAAUUAUUGUCUACGAUCACCGAUACUGGUGAACUUGAAAACUCGCUAAUGGAACUUUUUGAUUAUGAACACUUUGAACUAGUUCAAUUGUUGGUGUCAAACAGACCUGUAAUUGUCUGGUGCACUAGAUUACUUCGUGCGAAGAACGAAGAAGAAAGACAAAUGGUCGAAAAUGCCCUGCUGGCUGCUGGUCAGUCAGCAAUUUUGGCUAGGCUUCGUGGAGUUGAAGAAAACGAGGACGAAGAACCAAGUCUAAAAAAACAAAAAACAGAUACCACUGAAGUUAGCGGUUCUAAUGAGCUACCUGAAUCUUCUAAACUUAAACCCGCACACGAAGUGGAUCUUGAGAAUUAUGUUUUCAGGGAGGGUGCACGGCUUAUGUCCAACAAGUCGGUUAAGCUUCCUGAAGGAUCUUACAAACGCACCGGUAAAGGCUAUGAAGAAAUUCACGUUCCCGCUCCGGAAAAAAAGCCAAUGGAGCCCAACGAAAAGCUUGUUCCUAUUACUGACAUGCCUGAGUGGACGCACGAAGCAUUUACCGGAACCCAAACUCUAAAUCGGAUCCAAAGCAAAAUUUUCCCCACUGCUUUCAAAACAGAUGAAAACCUGCUGAUUUGUGCACCUACAGGUGCAGGUAAGACCAAUGUAGCAAUGUUAUGUAUCUUAAGUGAGCUCGCAAAAUACCGGAACGAAGCCACUGGUAACUUUGCGACUGAUCAGUUCAAAAUUGUAUAUAUUGCUCCUUUGAAAGCUCUCGUGCAAGAAAUGGUUACAACAUUUGGCACACGACUUGCUCCUUAUGGAAUCACAGUGUCAGAGCUUACGGGCGAUCGGCAGCUAACGAAGCAACAAAUAAGUUCGACACAAAUCAUUGUGACAACUCCUGAAAAAUGGGAUAUUAUUACACGCAAGUCAAACGAUUUAUCCUACACAAAUCUUGUACGUCUCGUUAUCAUUGAUGAAAUUCAUUUGCUUCACGACGAGCGUGGUCCCGUCUUGGAGUCUAUUGUUUCCCGUAUUAUUCGUCAUGAGGAGGAGUCACUUGAACGUGUUCGUCUUGUUGGUCUUUCGGCAACUCUACCAAACUACGUUGAUGUUGCAGCCUUCUUGCGUGUACAGUUAAAAAAUGGUCUUUUCUAUUUUGACUCAAGUUACCGGCCUUGUCCUCUCCAGCAAGAGUUCAUAGGUGUAACUGAGAAAAAACCUAUUAAGCGACUUCAAGUCUUAAAUGAAGCGUGCUACGAAAAGGUGAUGGAACAUGCAGGCAAAAAUCAGGUUUUAAUUUUUGUUCAUUCACGAAAAGAAACUGCAAAGACGGCUCGAUUUAUUCGAGACAAGGCUUUGGAAGAAGAGACAAUUGGACAUUUGUUGCGAUCGGAUGCUGCCUCAAGAGAAAUUCUUCGUGCUGAAGCGGAUACUACUAAGAAUGAAGACCUGAAGGAUCUUCUUCCUUAUGGUUUUGCGAUUCAUCAUGCAGGCAUGCGUCGUGAAGACAGAAGAAGUGCUGAAGAUCUUUUUGCAGACGGUACUGUCCAAGUUUUGGUCAGUACUGCAACACUUGCAUGGGGUGUCAAUCUCCCAGCUCACACUGUCAUCAUCAAGGGUACUCAAGUAUAUUCUCCUGAGAAAGGAAGAUGGGCUGAACUGAGUCCUCAAGAUGUUCUGCAAAUGCUGGGCCGUGCUGGAAGACCUCAGUUUGAUAGCUACGGCGAAGGUAUUAUCAUAACCACGCACUCGGAACUUCAAUACUACCUUUCGUUGAUGAACCAGCAACUUCCAAUUGAAUCCCAGUACAUGUCUAAACUACCAGACAAUCUUAAUGCCGAAAUUGCUACGGGAACAAUACAGUCUAUUGCUGAUGCCGUUCGCUGGCUUGGUUAUACUUACUUAUACAUUCGAAUGCUGAGAUCUCCAGCACUGUAUAAUGUUGGUCCUGAAUAUGCUGAUGACACAUACUUGAUCCAAAAACGCGUUGACCUUAUCCAUGCUGCUGCUGUUAUUUUAGAAAAGUGCAAACUAAUCGUGUACAAUAGAGACAAUGGUACUUUCAAUCCAACGGAACUGGGAAAGGUUGCCUCUAGUUAUUAUAUUUCGAACACGUCAAUGGACACAUACAACAAGAUGCUCAAUUCAACGGUAUCGUUAAUUGAGUUAUUCCGUGUAUUCAGCCUUUCUGAGGAAUUUAAGUAUAUCCCUGUACGCGAAGAAGAGAAAGUCGAAUUAACAAAACUUAUGGAACGAGUCCCUAUUCCUGUCCGUGAAUCGGUUAAUGAGGCGCCGGCAAAAAUUAAUGUUUUAUUACAGUCCUAUAUCUCAAGACAGUCUUUAGAAGGAUUUGCUCUUAUUUCAGAUAUGGUUUAUGUUACUCAAUCUGCCGGAAGAAUUAUGAGAGCUAUUUUUGAAAUUGCAUUGCGUAGAAAUUGGGCAUCUGUUGCAAAACUUGCACUUGACAUCAGUAAAAUGAUUGAUAAGCGCAUGUGGAGCACCAUGAGCCCGUUGCGUCAAUUUCCGCAUUGUCCCACAGACGUUAUACGACGUGUUGAGAAGAAGGAUUUUCCAUGGCAUCGUUACUUCGAUCUUGAUCCUGCUGAACUGGGUGAGCUAAUUGGCGUUCCCAAGGAAGGAAGGCGAGUGUACAGUAUGGUACAUUCAUUCCCUCGACUUAACCUGGAUGCUCAUUUGCAACCAGUUACUCGUUCUUUGCUUCGUGUUGAACUGUUGAUUACAGCAAACUUUAAUUGGGAUGAUGCUUUCAGUUCUCAAGCAGAGUCUUUUUGGAUUUUUGUUGAAGAUGUCGAUGGUGAAAGGCUGCUUCAUUACGAGUACUUCGUUUUGCUUAAAAAAUAUAGUGAGGACGAACAUAUCGUCACAUUUACCAUUCCGCUGGUUGAUCCCCUGCCUCCGAAUUAUUUUGUUUCAAUUGUUUCUGACAGAUGGUUGCAUUGCUCCAAGAGAAUACCAGUAUCGUUUAUGAAGCUUAUUAUGCCUGAAAAGUUUCCUCCUCCUACGCAACUCUUGAGUCUUCAACCUACAUCCGUUGAAGCGUUAAAAAUUCCAGAGUUUGUUUCGUUGUAUGCGCCAAAGUUUUCAUUCUUUAACAAAGUUCAAACUCAGGUGUUCAAUACGAUUUAUGGUACUUCAGAAACCUCGUUCAUCGGCGCUCCGAAUGGAAGUGGAAAAACAACCUGUGCUGAACUGGCUCUUUUGAGACAUUGGAGCCAAGAAGAUACUGGUGCGGCAGUUUAUUUAGCACCCUUUGAGGAAAUUGUUGAGUUACGUUUUGCUGAAUGGAAACCUUUAUUUGAAAAACUCGGCAAGGCCGUUCUCAAGUUGACGGGCGAAAGAAGUCGGGACUUACGUUCUUUACAAGUUGCUGAUCUCAUUCUCGCUACACCUGCUCAAUGGGAUGUUUUCUCGAAAAGAUGGCGCCAAACUCGUGUUCUUCAUAACAUUGAUUUGUUCAUCUGUGAUGAGUUGCAAAUGUUAGGUGGUCUUGGAGGACCAACAUACGAAACAUGCGUCCUACGGGUUCGUUACAUGGCCGCUCAAAUGGAAAAGCACAUCAGAAUUAUUGGUCUGGCCGUUUCACUUGCGAAUGCCCGCGAUUUAGGUGAAUGGUUAGGUGCCUCUCCUCAAAAUAUCUAUAACUUUAGCCCAAAGGACCGACCAAAUCCUUUAACUAUUCGUUUGCAAUCGUACUCGAUCACUCACUUUCCUUCACUAAUGUUAGCCAUGACUAAACCGACGUACCAAAUACUUCGUUCUUCGUUCGAUAAGCAAAAGACUUCCAUUGUGUACGUUCCCGACAAGAGUGUUUUACGACAGCUUGCAUUAGACUUGGUUACAUUUGCUAUUUCUGAUGGUGACGAGCGUUUCUUUGCUCCGAACGAAAUUCCCCUACUUGAUUCUGUAAAAGACAAGGCCUUACUUGAGUCUCUGCAGCAUGGUGUUGGGUUUUUAAGCGAAAUAACAAGCACUAAAGAUAAGGCAAUUAUGGAGCACUUGUUUUUAAAUGGUAUCAUUCGUGUUUUGCUUAUAAGUCAUGACGCCAUCUAUGCUACUCGUGCUCGAUCUGAUGUUGUAGUCAUUAUGGGAACUCAGUUUUAUGACGGAAAAGAGCACCGCUAUAUAGACUAUCCUAUUAGUGAUAUUCUUCAAAUGCUAGGCGUUGUCUCCAAUCAGAAUCCUAACGCAUUUGGUGAAGCGACGUUAAUGACCGUUACUUCGAAAAAGGAAUACUACAAAAAGUUUUUAAAUGAAGCCCUACCAAUUGAGAGUCACUUGCAGCUUGGUUUACAUGAUGCAUUUGUCUCCGAAAUUGCUUCGCAAACCAUUGAAAACAAACAAGACGCCGUCGAUUGGCUGACAUGGACUUAUAUGUAUCGCCGCUUGGUAGCGAAUCCGGCGUUCUAUGGCUUAACAGAUAUUUCCCAUGAAGCUAUAUCUGAAUAUCUUUCAGAGUUGGUUGAGAAUACCAUGAGCGAACUGAAUGAAGCAAGAUUAAUUGCUAUAGACGACGAAGAUGACAGUUGUUACGCUUUGAAUUUGGGAAUGAUUGCGUCCUACUACAACAUCACUUACAUUACCAUGCAAACUUUCGCUUUAAGUCUUACUGCCAAGACUCGUAUGAAGGGUUUGCUGGAGAUUAUCUCAUCGGCUGCAGAAUAUGAAAUUUUACCCAUCCGCAAGUACGAGGAUAUUAUUCUUGAUCGUAUACACCGCAAUCUGCCAGUACGUCUAAGUGCUCCUAAUUAUCAAGAGCCCCACUGCAAAGCUUUCAUUCUUUUAGCUGCUCAUUUUUCGCGUUUCCAACUGCCUGCAAACUUGGUACUGGAUCAGAAAACAGUGCUAAAGUAUGCGCACAGACUGUUAAGUGCUUGUGUGGAUACACUCUCUUCAGAUAAUCAUCUUAAUGCCUCCAUUCGGCCUAUGGAGAUGUCACAGAUGGUUACGCAAGCUGUCUGGGACCGUGACAGCCCGCUAAAGCAAAUUCCCCACUUUACUGACGAACGGAUUGCUCGCUGCAAUGCAGCAAAUGUGAAUGAUGUAUUUGAUAUCAUUGACUUGGACGACGACAAACGAACGGAAUUGUUGCAGAUGGACAAUGCGCAGUUGGCACAAUGUGCCGAAUUUAUCAACAAAUACCCGGACAUUGAUAUAGAUUUUGAACUUCAAGAGCCAGACAAUGUUCGGGUGAACGCACCUUCUGUACUUGUGGUGCAGCUUUCGCGUGAACUAGAAGAAGACGAGACAGCGGAUACCACAGUAUGUGCCCCCUUCUUCCCUUUCGAAAAGACUGAGCAUUGGUGGCUCGUUCUGUCAGAUGGAACAAACCUGUUGGCCAUCAAAAAAAUUACGUUAAACCGCGUUUUAACGAGCAAGCUGCAAUUCGUACCGUUGCAAGAGGGAGAGCAGAAGCUUAAGUUAAGUUGCUUCAGCGAUUCAUACGUCGGCGUUGAUUAUGAAAAAGAGUUUUCCUGCAAAGUCAUGGAGGCAUUGGACGAAGAAAUGCAAGAAGAGGAAGAAUAGUCUGUUACGAAAAAAAGUCUCCGCACCACACGCUUACAGUUGCUGCUUGUAAUAUCUAAUUAAUUUUACGUUGUUUUCGAUUCAUUCAAUUUCACAUUACGAACAUAGGGGAAUAACAAGGCUAAUAAUUGUAGACAUAACUGCUCAAUGAAGUUUCGUUUCCUUUUACCGGUUUAAAAUACUGCAAAUUCAAAAUAAAAACACACUAAGCUAUGUCAUUAUCGCUUAUAGUCAUGCUGCAUCAACUUUAUUUGCUUUCCUUUCUGCUUUACU